AUGAAUGUUGGCCACGGAUUAGCCAAGUGUGGUGAGAAGAUCAAUGCCCUCAUCUUUGAUCUUGGUGGUGGUACUUUUGAUGUUUCACUUGUCACAAUUGAAGAGGGUACUUUUGAGGUCAAAGCUACUUGUGGAGACACCCGCCUAGGAGGUGAAGAUUUUGACAACAAAAUGGUGAGCCAUUUUGUGGAGGAGUUGAAGAUCAAACACAAAAAGGACAUGAGCAAUGCCCCAGAGCAUUGA